ACCAACACACCCCCCAAGUCAUUCGCUGUACACGAUCGUCCGCUUCACUCAUUCAGCGGCUUUCGACCACAUCGCCAUCAUGGUAUAUUACACGGCAGCGGCACUCCUCGGGUUGGCCGUUUCAGCCAGUGCUCACGGCGCGCGCCACAACCACGCAGCCCUUCACAAGAAAGGUGUCGAGCAAGCACCAGAGCCUUAUGGUGCUCCGGUGCAAUAUGUUACCCCAAUUCCCGUGGCCUCAGCAGCACCCGAUGCCACCUCGUGCGAAUGCACUACCUACACGACUGUCUGGUACGGCCCACCAGUUCUCGGACCAGGGCCUACUGUUGCCCCAAACACUACAACCGCAACAUCUUCCACUGCAAGUGUGCCUUCGAUACCUGUCACGACCUCCACCACCAGGGAGACCCCAAAACCAACCACACCGGCUGCGCCUGAGACGCCCAAGUCUCCAGUGUCUCCUCAGGCGCCUCAGGCUCCUCAGGCCCCUCAGGCCCCUCAGGCCCCUCAACCACAUGGACCUCAAGGCUACAGUGGAUCAUCAGGAGGUGAUGUGAACCACGACGGUAAGGAUGAUUCUGCGUAUGGUGUUGGAACCAUCACGCCAAAUGGGAACCAAUGGGCAAUGACUUACACUCCAUAUUCUGAGGGUGGUGGUUGCAAAUCGGCGGAUGAGGUCAACCAGGAUGUUGGGUCGAUCAAGCAGAAGGGUUUCACCACUGUUCGCAUCUACGCCACUGACUGCUCCGGCUUGAUUAAUGUUGGAAAUGCUUGCAAGCAGCACGGAAUGAAGCUCCUUGCCGGCAUCUUCAUUGAUUCUUCUGGUCUAGGCAAGGCUCACGAACAACUCAACGAGAUCGCCAACUGGGGCAAGCAAGGCAAUUGGGGCAUCGUGGAGAUGGUUGUUGCAGGCAAUGAAGCUAUAUUUCAGGGCGCUAUCUCUGCACCUGCCCUCGCUGGCUUCCUUGGUGAAGCCAAGAGCGCUCUGAAGGCUGCUGGCUACGGCGGUCCUGUCACCACCACCGAACCAGUCAACAUCAUCCAGGCCAACGCUGGCACUCUUUGCCCAGCCGUGGACGUCGUCGGCGCCAACAUCCACCCAUUCUUCAACGGAGAACAUUCCGCUUCGCAAGCCGGAGAUUUCGUCGCAAGCCAAAUGGCUGACCUUGCGAAGGCCUGUGGCGGUAACAAGCCAGUCUACAACCUCGAGACCGGAUGGCCAUCAGGUGGUCAACCAAACGGCAAGGCUAUCCCCGGUGUCGCUGAGCAAAAGGCCGCCAUUGACUCCAUCGUCGCCAAGGCUGGUGCCAGGUCUGCCAUCUUCUCGUUCCAAAACGACAAGUGGAAGUCACCUGGCCAGUACGGUGUCGAGCAACACUUUGGAUGCUCCUCUCUCUUCUCCUAGAAUACGGACAAGAGACGAGAAGAAAACUCUGUGUGUGCUGCGCCGUAUCAAAGAGACCGGAAUUUUAAUGUCUAUUAACGACGAGCGACGAGAGAUCAUCAUUAAAAUUUUUCGAACAUCUUUUUGCCGAAACGCACGAAGCAAAGGUGGUUUCAGCUUGUCGGCGAGGACGAAGAGGGGGUUAUCUGCUGCUAAUGAGGAUUUUGCUGCUGCUGCUGCUAGGGGGUAUCUGAAGUUUUUGGAUGUGAUGGAUUGGUUGUACCUUACCUUUCGGGCUGUAUAUAAACUGAUCCAUACAGAUAGGUACCCUUUCUGUCAAGGUAUGCUUUUCCACCACAACAUGAAGUGAAGGUUGAGAUGUUUUUCUUUUAUCUGUUGGUACUCUACUACUGCUUGUCUCCUUC